AUGGAAAAGAGCCCUAGACAAAAAGUAGUGCUCACUCCGGGCAAAAAUACAGAGAAUACUAGUAGUAGCAACAAGAAGAUCCUGCGAAGAGAUAUGGAACGACAAAGGCGCCAAGAAAUGGCUAAUCUGAAUGCUUCUCUUCGAUCAUUGCUUCCACUUGAAUAUGUCAAGGGAAAACGCUCAAUAUCUGAUCACAUGCAUGAAGCAGUGAAUUACAUCAACCACCUGCAAAUGAAGAUUCAAGAUCUGGGUACCAAGAGAGAUGAGUUGAGAAAUCAGUCUAACAUGAGUGCUUGUGAUUCAGAGAGUGGAAGCUCCUAUAAACGGUCACGACACUGUGUUAUAGUCUCCCCAUGUAUGGACGGUGUAGAGAUUUUGAUAAGUGGGGGCUUCAAGGAAGGGUUGCUGCUAUCAAAAGUGAUGGAAGUACUGCUUGAAGAAGGACUAGGUGUUCACAGAUGUGUUUCCACCAAAGUAAAUGAAGGAUUGCUUCACACUAUGAAUUGCAAGGUCAGCGAUCCCACAGGUUUUGACCUAUGUGGGCUGCGGCAGAAAUUGUGGAAUGCUGUAACUCCAUCUUCCAGAUGA